GAACUAAUGGGACAAUAACAAUGCUGCAAGAUGACUCUUAUCGUGCCGAAAUGUUGUCUGAUCUGCAGUCCGAUUGCGCGAAGUUUUUCUCCAUGGUCGAGAGCAGGAUUGAUUUUCUUUCAAAGACAAAAUCUGUCGACCAGUAUGUCAGGCUUCAGAAAAUCGGACAAGGUACUUUUGGCGAGGUAUUCAAAGUCAGACACAAGUCAACCAAACAACAUUACGCAUUAAAGCGUAUCCGAAUGGAGCAAGAAAAAGAGGGCUUCCCGAUUACCGCACUUAGAGAAAUCCGAAUUCUACAAUCUUUGAACCACGAAAAUAUCGUUUGUCUCAAAGAAAUUUGCCAUAGUUCACCCAAUGCCCGAAACGGAUUCAAACCACAGUUCUUUCUUGUGUUCGAGUUUUGCGAUCAUGAUUUGGCCGGUUUGAGUCAACAAGUUGAUUUUUCAGAACCCAUCAAAAAAGCAAUCAUGAAGCAACUAUUGACUGGUCUAUUUUACCUGCAUCUAAAUAACAUACUGCAUCGUGAUCUGAAGGCGGCCAACAUUCUCAUAGACAAAAAUGGUGUAUUGAAGAUCGCCGAUUUUGGUCUUGCCCGCACAACAGUCGCUUCCAUCCGAUCCGACCGACCAACACGCUACACUACCAGAGUAGUCACUUUGUGGUACAGGCCUCCGGAGAUCCUCCUAAACGAUCGCCACUACGGCAAACCAGUGGACCUUUGGGGCGCUGGAUGCAUUAUGGCGGAACUUUGGACGAAGUAUCCGAUAAUGCAAGGUGACAACGAGCUGAAUCAGCUAAAUUUGAUUAUCAAUUUAUGUGGAUCAAUCACUCCCGAAGUUUGGCCAGGAGUUCAACGUUUGGAAAGUUUUAGAGAUGCUCGUCUUCCUCAGGACAUCAAGAGACACGUUCGUGAAAAGCUCACUCCCAAAAUCCCUUCUUUGGCCGCAGUAGAUCUAAUUGACCAGUUGCUUGUUUUGGAUCCCAGCAAGCGAUUGGAUGCCGAUCAAGCCUUGUCCCAUGAUUACUUUUAUGAAGAUCCGCCUCCAGGGGACUUACGGGCGUUUUCCAAAUCAGGCACCUCCUAUUUGGAGUUUCUGUCCUCAAAUAAUCCACGGGGUCGCGCUCCUCCCGGCUUGAACAGACCUGCUGGAGUUCGUGGUCCCGGUCCCCAGAUGAACUAUAUCGGAGCCUCUGGGAUGGCACAUCCUAAUCGUCGUCCACCAAUGCCAGACGACAAUGUGUAUUAUGAUCGGGUUUUCUAACCAAUGGGAAGUCAUCUGUCGAAUCGAGUCACUUAUACAAUAAAUUUGUACAUAGCCUUC